UGGGCGCUUCUGAUCGAGGGUGACCGCAUUGCAGACAGACAGACAGACUGCAGUUGCGGGGUGUUAGUGUGCUCGAUAGUUUGCAAUUUCUGUUUAUAUAUUUUCGUUUUACUCAAAACUAUCCCUGCUUUUGGCAAUUCUUUAACGAGCCGUUUGUUCAAUCAGGGAGUUCAGUUUAAGUUUAGUUGAAGCGCUUGGCGGGGUUCAUGUAAACAAAAGUAGGUUGAUGGUGGACAGUCACUUCCAAAACCCCUCCACCUGUCUGUAAACCUCGCGUCAUUAUUACCGAUCGCUGUGUAUGUAUAAAUCUACAUUACGCAGUACACUGUUUUUCUUUUCUAUAGACAAUUAACAUUUUGUAUACGUAAUUAUUUCAGCUUUUCUGUUUGAAUUGCCUAAUUAUAACCGCGGCUGAAAUCGUAUUGUUACGAAAAACCCGUUUUCUUUUUGUUCAUAUGUAAAAGGGUGUUGUAGUUUAACAGGGUUAACAAAUAAUAGCAACGCCUUUUCUAAGACGACUGUCCCUCGGCCGCUGCAGACAGUAAGUUUGCCAGACAGUACGAAUGAAUUGCUUUGUUUGUUAGCUUUGUUUCUUCUGUUGAUGUAGUUCGCAGUCUUGUGGGCAGGGAGUGUGAUCUGUUAGGUGUAUGUGCAAGUAUAGUUGUAUAUAAAGAAGUGUAUGUUAUCUAUCUUUUAUCUGCUUUGUUUUGCUGUUUAAGAAAAUGUCCAAGAGGCGGCUGUUAGUUCCUUAUAAAUCUGUUUUCUUUAACUCCCGAGCUCAGAGAGGUUCUUAUGAGUACUCGAGAAUGAAUGUGGGCAAAAGUGGAUAUCGGGUCUUUUCGGCCAAUUCGACUGCAGCGUGCACAGAACUGAGCAAGAGGAUAACGGAACGUCUUGGUGUUGAACUGGGGAAGGCAGUGGUCUACCAGGAACCCAACAGAGAAACCCGAGUGGAAAUCAACGAGUCUGUGCGUGGACAGGACAUUUUCAUCAUCCAGACGAUUCCCAGGGAUGUUAACACGGCUAUAAUGGAGCUGUUGGUCAUGGCAUAUGCCCUCAAGACUUCCUGUGCAAAGAACAUUAUUGGAGUCAUCCCCUACUUUCCCUACAGUAAGCAGUGCAAAAUGAGGAAAAGGGGAUCCAUUGUGUGCAAACUGCUGGCGUCAAUGUUAGCCAAAGCAGGGUUAACGCACAUCAUCACAAUGGACCUCCAUCAGAAGGAGAUCCAGGGCUUCUUCAGUUUCCCUGUGGACAACCUGAGAGCAUCGCCGUUCCUGCUGCAGUACAUUCAGGAAGAGGUUCCAGAUUAUCGGAAUGCAAUUAUCGUAGCUAAGUCCCCGUCCGCCGCUAAAAGGGCUCAGUCGUAUGCAGAGAGGCUGAGGCUGGGGUUAGCUGUGAUGCACGGGGAGGCUCAGUGCUCUGAGUCUGACAUGGCUGACGGGAGACACUCUCCUCCCUCUGUCAAAAACACAACGGGGCACCCUGGUCUUGAGCUGCCAUUAGGGAAGCACCGUGCCCCGUUUCCUGGGAUAGAGCUCCCGAGGAUGAUGGCCAAGGAGAAACCACCCAUUACCGUAGUUGGAGAUGUGGGAGGAAGGAUUGCCAUUAUAGUGGAUGACAUCGUGGAUGAUGUGGAGGAUUUCGUAGCCGCGGCGGAGAUCCUGAAGGAAAGGGGCGCGUAUAAGAUCUAUGUCAUGGCUACUCACGGACUGCUGUCUGGCGAUGCGCCUCGUCUCAUCGAGGAAUCUGCUAUCAAUGAGGUGGUGGUCACGAACACCGUGCCCCAUGAGGUGCAGAAGCUGCAGUGUCCGAAGAUCAAGACGGUCGACGUCAGCAUGAUCCUGGCAGAGGCGAUUAGGAGGAUCCACAAUGGCGAGUCGAUGGCAUACCUGUUCCGCAACAUCACUGUGGAUGACUAGAGCCGAGCAGAGCCAGGGCACCCUUGGUACUCCCGCUCCUGUGUGAAACAGCAGGCUUAACCCUUUGGAACAUGAGAGCAAGCGUCAAGCAAAUGUCAGUGCAAGAGCAUAUUUUAAGUCCAUUUAUCCUGAUUUGGUUACCCACAUGCCAAAGUGAACCAUAACUUGUGAAUUAAAAUCAUUGAAUACCAAUGUGCUUCAGCCCUCAGCCCCUCAGUGUGCUAAACUCCACAACGUGUGAGUUGCCAGUAUGUUUACAGCUGCUGCAAAAAUGUAUAAGAUGCACAGUUCUGUUUUGUGAGUGUGUAUCCUAUCAAGCUGUUAAUAAAAAAACAAAUUUGCAAAGUACUGUGCAAAGAUUUUUCAAUAAAGAUAAAGAA